AUGGCUAACUGUAUGGUUUUUCACACUCAAAUAGCCUCCAUCAUGGAGGUGUUAGCGAAUGCAGCCGUGGCAGAGAUCUGUAAACUCGUAGACGACGACUAUGCAGUGUUCCGUUUGGAAAUGUCUCAAAGCCAGAAAGAAAACAGGGGAUUGCGGAGGGAACUAAAGGUGGCACGGGAGCGCGUCCUCGCCAGUCGUCCCAGUAGUGUCAAGAUCCUCGACCGAUACAGAGGAAUGGCAAGAGGUGAAGCACAUCUCACUGGAGGCCACAGGAGCUUUGUGAAGCCAGCGGAACACAACACAUGGAGAGAUGACCAACCAAUCACUGUUGAUGAGGGGAGUGGAACCUCAACCAAGCACGUUAUUGUGAUAGAGUCUGCAGAGGCUGCAGGUCCUGGAGUCAAGCAAGAGAGAUCUGAAGGAGAGAAGGACCCACGGCACAGCAGAGACAUCCAGACUGAAACAGCGGCUGUAGCCCCGGAGGACCUUACCGCCGCGCCCCAGGCCAGGACCAGACACAGCAUCUUGGAGGAGGAGGGUCCAGAGGUGCUGCUGGUGAAGGAGGAUGGUUGUGAGGAGGGUCUGGGGAACAUGGUCAUGGAGGACAACCAGACUACACCUCCUCCUGAACCCACAGAGGAACCAGCUGAGCUGCACAGGACCACACACUGUCUCACUGAGUCAGUAGACAUGGAGGAUGGGAAGCCUAAUCUGCUGCUGGUCAAAGAGGAGACAAUAGAAGACGAACCAGAGAGCAUUGACCUGAGUGAACUAAAGAUGGGGGAGCAAGGUGGUUGGCUGGAGGCUAACAGAGGAGACUGGGCUGCCGUCUUAGAUUUCCAGAUCCAGACGGGUGCAGCCAAGGGCCCAGGGGACAACAUUACCGAGCAGGCCAGGACCAGAGGUGACAUAGUGGAGUCUGCAGUCCAUGAGGACCAGCUGAUGUCUGGUGUUGCUGACGGAAGAGACUGGACAUCUGAGGUGGGUGGUCACAAACCCUGGCCCCGGAUCAAAACCCUGGAUCUGGAGCCAUCACUCUUCCUUCCCGAGUCAGAACUAGGACCCAACCGUGAGGGACAGGGACUCCACCACAACCACUACACAGAACACAACCAGUGGACAGGUGGACUGAACCACCUCAGUCCUGUUGGUCAUCAGAUAAACAGAGGCUCCAGUCAGGGAUCAAGUCUGCAGUCUGGGGCUGAUAGAGAUCAACCCUCCUGUUCCUAUGAUACAAACACUACAGUAUCCAUGAUGAACAGAGCAGGUCACCCUGGGCUUCAGCCUUCACAGAGAGUGAUGGGAGCCCCCCCUGGUGGUAGUCUAUCAGCAAGUCUGUCUUCUCCUUCAGGGCCUCGUCCAAUGCCUGGUGACUUGGUUCAUAGAAGGCCUGGGCCUGGGUCUAGCAUUCCUCACUUACCUCAAGUUUACCCCACCAAUACAGACAGGGUCAGGAUGGGCGUUCACCAUAAGAGGUACCUAACCUAUAACACAGCACACAAUUCCAACAACACCCAAACAAUGGCUAGAGGUCACGGAGGGAGCUCAAAAACUCUUGCUUCUACCUCCUCUGGUGUCAUUGCGUCACAAAGUGGGAGGCCGAGCAUUAGGUUGGACGCCGACAAGCCGUAUGCCUGCCCCACGUGUGGGAAGCACUUUGCUGAGGCAAGGUAUGUGAAGCAGCACCAGACUGUUCACACCAAGGACAGCUUCAAUUGCAAAUUAUGUCACAAGAGCUUCUCCUUCCUGAGUAGCCUUAUCAGACAUAGGAGUGUCCACAAUGGGAAGAAAUCGUAGCAGUGUGUCUUGAGAUGUACAUUCGGUGAUAUCUGGGAAUCAUUAUUUUUCUGACAUAUUAUAGUUAUAAUGUUUAGUGUCUUGGGAUAAGAGGAUAAUUAACCACAUACCCCUUUAACGUUGAAUUAUUUAACAGGCUUGUGUUAAUAACUGUUUUUUAGAGAGAUAGUAAACCAAUGCUAGAACAAGUAUAGUUCAAUAUUCUCUGGUCUGAUUGAACUCUUUGGCCUGAAUGCCAAGUGGCGCGUCUGGAGGAAACCUGGCACCAUCCCUAUGGUGAAGCAUGGUGGUUGCAGAUGUUUUUCAGUGGCAGAGACUGUGAGAGUUUUAUUUAAUUUAUUUUAUUUCACCUUUAUUUAACCAGGUAGGCUAGUUGAGAACAAGUUCUCAUUUACAACUGCGACCUGGCCAAGAUAAAGCAUAGCAGUGUGAACAGACAACACAGAGUUACACAUGGAGUAAACAAUUAACAAGUCAAUAACACAGUAGGAAAAAAAAGAGUCUAUAUACAUUGUGUACAAAAGGCAUGAGGAGGUAGGCGAAUAAUUACAAUUUUGCAGAUUAACACUGGAGUGAUAAAUGAUCAGAUGGACGAGUGAGGAUCGAGGCAAAGAUGAACAGAGCAAAGUACAGAGAUCCUUGAUGAAAACCUGCUCCAGAGCGCUUAGGACUUCAGACUGGGGCGAAAAUUCACUUUCCAACAGGACAAUGACCCUAAGCACACAGCCAAGACAAUGCAGGAGUGGCUUCAGGACAAGACUCUGAAUGUCCUUGAGUGGCCCGGCCAGACCCCGGACUUGAACCCGUUCAACCAUUUCUGGAGAGACCUGAAAAUAGCUGUGCAGCUACGCUCCCCGUCCAACCUGACAGAGCUUGAGAGGAUCUGCAGAGAGGAAUGGGAGAAACUCUCCAAAUACAAGUGUGCCAAGCUUGUGGCAUUAUACCCAAGAAGACUCAAGGCUGAAAUCGCUGCCAAAGGUGCUUUAACAAAGUACAGAGUAAAGGGUCUGAAUACUUGUGUAAAUGUGAUAUAUCAGUUUUAUAUUUUUAAUAAACUAGCAAUAAUUUUUAAAAACCUGUUUUUGCUUUGUUAUUAUCAGGUAUUGUGUGCAGAUUGAUGAGAGGGGAAAAAACAAUGUCAUCAAUUUUAGAAUAAGGCUCUAAUGUAACAAAAUGUGGAAAAAGUCAAGGGGUCUGUAUACUUUCGGAAGGCACUAGAAUGAAAACGGAAUUACGGCGGCAACUACAGGUACCGGAACUGAAGGGGGCAUGAUAGCGCGUCCUCGCCAGUUGUCCCAGUACUGAUAGAAUAAUUUUUCUGGGUGUGCGCCAGCUCAUGUUUUUUAUUCUAAGACAAUCGACCGAUACAGAGGAAUGGCAAGAGGUACAUUUAGCAGAAGACAGAUAAAUGGCAAGAGGUGCAUGUCACGUUCUGACCUUAGUUCUGUUAUUAUAUCUCUGUUUUAGUAUGGUCAGGGCGUGAGUUGGGUGGGUUGUCUAUGUUCGUUUUUCUAUAAUUUGGGAUUUCUGUGUUCGGCCUAGUAUGGUUCCCAAUCAGAGGCGGCUGUCAAUCGUUGUCCCUGAUUGAGAAUCAUACUUAGGUAGCCUGGUUUCACUUUUGAGUUGUGGGUGUUUAUUUUCUGUCUUUGUGUGUAUCGCCAGACAGGACUGUUUCGGUUUUCGUUCGUUCACUUUAUUGUUUUGUAUUUCAGUGUUUAUUUUGAUUUAUUAAAGAUUACAUCAUGAA